ACCCAUCUUUCGUCGACGUCGAUAGCGACUGAAAACUGGAAAGUCCCUGACAGUCAAGCGAGGGUUUCCGGGAGGAACUAAUAUGAAUUAAAAGAGGACUGUCGGGCCUUCCUUCGCCUGACUCCCCUUUAUGAAUUGUAAGAGCCAAUUUGGCGUGUAUUUUUAAUCUAAAAGCGAGUGUUCCAGCUAGCUAAUCUGUGCGAGCUAGAGUAGCUCUUUGUGUGGCUAGCGGCUAGCUUGAGGGAUGUUGUCUUGUUGAGCCCAAGGUAGCCCUCCCGUCGUCUGGGAGAGGUGGGCAGACAGACGUCAUCGGUUCGUGUUGGAACCACGUCGUCGUCACUCAUAACAAAACAAUAAUUAGAAAAGGUGGCCUGCGAAACAUUCGCUUUGUUACAUAAGGGAAUCGACGUCGAGAGAAACAGAGAGGAAAGGAAGGAGUUCGCCCGAAGAUGGGCAACUGCCUCAAGACCCCAACUUCGGACGACAUGUCGUUGCUCCACGAAUCCCAGUCGGACCGGGCCAGCUAUGGAGACGGCGUCGACCCUGACCUAGAGCCACCGCCCCCUUACCAGGAACAGAUUCACGUUCCAACCUACCACCCGACACCUAGCCAGCCCCGACUCGCCACCCAACUGACAGAAGAGGAGCAAGUGCGCAUCGCCCAGCGCAUCGGACUGAUCCAGCACCUUCCGAGGGGUGUCUUUGACCCCGGGCGGGAUGAAUCAGAGAAAAAGAUCAGAGAGUGCGUCAUCUGCAUGAUGGACUUUGUGUACGGAGACCCCAUCAGAUUCCUGCCCUGCAUGCACAUCUACCACAUGGACUGUAUCGACGACUGGCUCAUGAGGUCCUUCACCUGCCCGUCCUGCAUGGAGCCGGUGGACGCCGCCUUGCUUUCCUCCUACGAGACCAACUGACACACAUCCGCAUGUGCACGCACCCAUACGCAAACACACGCACACACACGCACACACACUCCUAUGGACCACGCUUGACACAAACUGGCACAUGGACUGCACACUCGUAGACUUAUCCAGCAUUAGUAAAGAUGGGAGCAAGUGUUCACGAGUGGGCCUGCUGGUCAGGAUUGUGUCUGUGAAAGAGAAAGAAUUGGAGCUGCAUACCAGGAAGCAGCGGACAUUUUAAAAAAGAAGAAAAGGUCACUUAGACAGUGUCACAUACUUGUACUACUCACAAAGGUCAAAGGUUCACCUGCAAAGGUUGUAGUGCAUUUUAGGUUCAUCAUGGAAUUUCAAAGCCCAGUAUCCCAAACCUUUUUUGGGAGUUGUGUAUCUUUGAUGUAGACUGUGACGCCACUCAAGAUGGCCCAUCUGCCCGCCGUGCUGUUUUUCCCUCAGAUUGCCUUGGAUCCUUGUCAAGAGGAGAUAGAAGAAGUAGCAGUCUUGGAGAUUUGCAGCUUCCAAAAUGGCCGCCGGCUCCAAGCUGCCAGCCGCACCGAUGCGUGAUUAGAUUACAACAGACGCUCUCAGUCUUGAUCCCCCGGUGAGAAAUGUCAAUUUGAUUGUGUUUUUUUUUGUAAAGGGCUUUGUUUAAUUUCCCCCACAUGGCACAAAGAAAUGUGAGCUGACAAGUCAAGCCAUGGCCUACAUAACAUUCAUGACUGUAAAAAGCUUCACGUAUUUGGACAAUUAGAUGUUCAUGACAGGGCUUUCAACACAAAGUGCAGCGGGAAACGUGUUAAACUUCACACCGGCUGUGCCUCUGCCGACAAAUUCACAGGGUGAAAGCUUUUCCCAUCAACACAAAAAUGGAGACAAAAUUAACCACUUUUAGAAAUUCAUCAGACCGGAUGUGCAUGACACAUGUCCUAAGCGGGUUCCGUAAACGCGUGCGUAUUCGCCGUUUGGGAACAGCAGUUGUGCCGUUAUCGGCUUUUGCCAAUGGAAAUAGCGAGCCGAGUCGUACGUCGAUGCCGCGCAGUAGAAAAAGGAGACCAGCAAUUCACAAUGAGUCUCAAAGUUAAACUGUAUGUGGUGGUGAAAACCACACACCGCCUUUUGCACAGUGCUUUAUGAAUCAGCUAUAUAACAGCGGAACUCAAACGACAACCCCAUAGCCAAUAAUUUGCAAACAAUUUGAAUACUUGGAGCUCAUUUAAAAAGGAACUUAGUUCAAAUGAGCUGCUCUUAUUUAUUUCCACCAAGAUGACUCACGGGCGGGCGCUCACUGCUGGCCGGAUGUUCGCUGACAAUGAAACAGCUGUACAUAAAGUUGCCUCACUUGGGAGCGGCCAGGCGUUCUCUGUUUUAUUUAUUUCUAAAAGCCGAGCUCACUGGCACGUGUUGAUUGUGGGUGGAUUUUUGUAAGAACCAAACGGUCCAUCUCUGUUUGCUCAUUUGAAUGGGUUUGCUCAUUUGAAUGGGUUGUGUGUGUGUGUUUUAUGUUUGUGUAAGGAUACCUGUUGAACAUUUCCUUGUUGUGUGAGUAUAUACUACAUGAAUAUGCAGAGUGCUGCAGGUGACAAAUAAAUAGACACUGCAACUGAACACAAGCUACUUGUUUCCACUUUAUCACUGCCUGAAGCUAAACUGUUUUCCGUCAGUCUGUGCUGUAGAAGAGUUGAAUAAUAUUUUCACAUAGUGAAAAAAAUAGUGUUAAUCCUUUUGAAACUGGAUUGCGAGGCAUUGUGACUCAAUAUUGUUUCUCAUUGCAGGACUUUAUAAACUGCUGGGGAAACCGAGGGUGUCAUAUUACCAUCACCACUUGUCAGACAAGUUUCCAGGGGCGGGCACAUUUUGUAAGAAGUAGUAUUCACAUGUGGCUGCGCUAACAUAGAAGACCAAAUUUAUUGUAAACACCGUAUUGUUUAUUGUAAUGUAAAUUUAUUUGUUGUGGAAUACAUGGGAAGAUGACCUUGGAAAAAUGAUUACAUAUUAAAUCCGAAUUUCAAUAUUGA